AUGACAGUUUUUUUUACUUUGUACAAAUUUAAUGAUAAAUCAAAUAUUGGUGAGGCUGUGUUUGUGGAUGAUAUUCCAUCACCACCAAAUUUAAGUAUAAAACUCAGGCAAGAAUUGGAACUUGAUGGAGUGAAGGGUAUCAUUUCAAGUAAAGACAUUCCGAAUGGUGGGGUGAACCUUGGAGCAAAGAUUAUAUUUGGAAGCGAACCUCUAUUUUCCGAAGAGAUUGCUCAAUGUGUCGGUGAUCGUCUUGCCUUUGUGGUUGCAGAUACUCAGAAACUUGCAGAGUUUGCUGCAAAUUCCGCUUUUGUUGAAUACAAUAUUGAAAAUCUUGAACCACCUAUCCUAAGUGUUGAAGAUGCUGUUAAAAAAUCUAGUUUUUUUGAUGUUCCUCCAUCUUAUCAACCAAAAAAUCAAAUUGGUGAUAUAUUAAAAGGAAUGGCUGAAGCAGAUCACAAGAUUGUUUCUUCUAAGAUACACAUGAAAACAAUGAAAUUGUUUGUGAUUCUUGAUAUAAUGUUUAAAUUUUCUUUUGAAUAA